GAGAGGGAGGGAGGGGGAAGGAGCGCGAGGAAGAGGGAGCCAGGAAAAAAAAAAAAGAUGGGCGCGCGCCUCGGGAGCGCGCGCGCCUGAGAGCAAAAAUGCAACCUCCCCAAAAUAAAGCGCCAAGAUUGCAUUCAGCCGCGAGCAGCAAUGCAGAAAUAGAUGGCAGUCUGGUGUCAGUGAGUUUGCAAUCUCUCUCUCUCCCCCCCUCCUCAUUUCUUUCCCCCUGGUCCAAGAGCUGGAGUCAGCAACAGAAGGCAAUUCGCUCCUUUACUCCCAAGUGGAGAACUCCUCCACUGUAACAACAUUGACGGCUUCCACUCCACACGCUUUCCUCAUUGGGUGCUGGAUGGGUCCCUGUUUAGUGUUUACACCUUUUUGCCCCUGAAUUUUAUUUUUUUGCCUUGAUCCGCCUCUUUCCCCCCAAAGUGUGACUACAAAGCCAAGUUGAAGACAGACAGACACAGAGAGGUUGGAUUGACUGGGAGCUCUUUCUGGAUUUCCCCCCCUCCUCUCGGUUUUCAUGAACAGGACUAGAAGAAGCCCACCAGGAAAUUGCCGAUGCGACCCUAAAAGGACGAGGCUGGUUGUCUUUUGCAGUGGCUUCAGCUCCACCAUGGAUGUCUUGGCGAGUUAUAGUAUAUUCCAGGAACUGCAGCUGGUCCACGACACCGGCUACUUCUCCGCUUUGCCCUCCUUGGAAGAGAACUGGCAGCAGACAUGCCUUGAGUUGGAACGCUAUCUUCAGACCGAGCCCAGGAAGAUCUCAGAAAGCUUUGGUGAGGACUUGGAGUGUUUUCUCCAUUCCCCCUCAGCUCCGGGCACAGAAGACGGUAUCCCGCGACUGGACCCCCUGUUGUUACCGGUAGACAUGAGUCCUUGUGGCAAAAAUGCCAACAUAGACGUUAUCCUCUCCCGGGACAAGCUAUUGUCUGAGACUUGCCUCAGCUUGCAGCCAACCAGAUCCUCCACAGAGGGCCAUACUGCUGUCAACCAGGCCCAACUCAACGCUGUGACCUCAUUGACGCCUCCUUCCUCGCCGGAGCUCAGUCGUCACCUGGUAAAAACCUCACAAACUGUCUCUGCUGUAACUGAUGGCACAGUCACCCUGAAACUGGUGGCAAAGAGAUCUGCCCUCAGCCCCGUAAAGGUUGGGGUGGUGGCACCCACUAACACCACAAAGUGUGUGCUCAGUGACAGUGAGCAAGGAGGAGCAGGGGGCGAUGCAUCCCCGGAAAACAAGAAGAGGGUUCAUCGAUGCCAAUUUAAUGGAUGCCGAAAGGUUUAUACAAAGAGCUCACACUUAAAAGCGCACCAGAGGACUCAUACAGGUGAGAAGCCUUACAAGUGUUCAUGGGAAGGGUGUGAGUGGCGUUUUGCGCGAAGUGAUGAACUCACGCGGCAUUACAGGAAACACACGGGGGCCAAGCCCUUUAAGUGCAACCAUUGUGAUAGGUGUUUUUCAAGAUCUGAUCACCUUGCCCUCCAUAUGAAGAGACACAUCUAAAUCACUGAACGUACUGCAUAUGGUCCAGAUUUAGUUAGACUGAAGCAUCAUGGGAGAAUGGAUGGAACAGGAUUGUCUGUCUCUUGCUGCCAUUCAGAGGAAGAGAACUUGAUUACUUGUAGACCUCUGUACUCAACACGUGCAACCAAUUCUACUUAAUUGCAUACGCCUGUUCUCAGUACAUUGCCUGUCUGGAAGGCAGAAGACAUGUGAGAGGAAAAGGGUAGCAGAAGAGGUCGGUAAGGUUGCUUCCGACACAAUGGGAUCCUUGCUUUUUUGUUCCCUUUUUAUUGCCAAUGGAAAUCAAAGCAGAAAGAAGAGGAUUUAAUGCAGGCGAACAGCAGUAGCAGAAACAUCUAUAACUUGCUUUUCCACGCAACUUGAGGAAGUGGGACACGGUUUUGGAGUUGCAUAUUUGUAGCACUGACUUUUCCUUUUAAAUACAUUUCAGAGGGGAAAUUAAUGACCUAGAAAAACCAAAUCCCAGUUUGGUAGCCAAAACAUUCAUGUCUUGGUUCCUUUCUGUUUUUGUUUUUGAGAAACCAUUAUGUACAAGGAUGUACCAUGACUCUUCAAGGACAGUUUUAUCUGCUCUGGUUCUUCAUAGAACUGACUUGUCAAGAUCUGUUUAAGACAAAAUACCAAUGGCCUUAACUGGCAGUAGACUGUGCAAUGACACCUGGGACACGCCUACCACUUUCCUGGCUUAAACUGAUGGACACUUUGUCAAGGAUAUAUAUUUUCUUUGUUUUGUUCAGUUCCUUACAUUUUGAUAUUGGGUUAUUGCACAUCUUGUGCACUAGAGGACUAGGAAGACUGCUGAUGUGAUUUCACAGCGCUUGGCCAGUGAAGUCCCUGACCAACACCACAGUAUAUCCUGGAGGCAUUACCAUGCUGCCAUAGUUCAGACUUCCUAUUUAAUUGCCUAAUGAAAACUUGAAAAAAAAGCUUGUUUGAAAGCUUUGAACCUUUUUUCCUCUGUGUUCCUCAGAACUCUUGUAACACACCUGGAUAUCUGUCUUGGAUUCUAUCACUCAGGCAUGACUUCAGGUUUUCCUUCUGCACCAAUGGGAGGCAUGCUUGUUGCAACCCGUAAUGAAUGGUUUGCAGUUCUGGUCGCUUGUUCUUGCUAGCCCUUUUAACCCAUUUGGUAACUUCCUUGUGCGACUGGCACCUGCAAAAUAUAAAUUCUUGGAUUGGGCAGACAUGUAGAAAUAUUAUUAUGGUUCUAAGUUGAAAAAUAAGAACCCUUGUCCAGUUAAAAAUGAAUAACACUAAACCGUUCUGCCCUAAAGGAAAGGCCCACCUUGCCAAGGGUUUCCUCCUCCAUUUAUCAAACUUGUACAAUUUUCCCAUUAUAAAAACAUUCUACAGUUGAUGGAAAGGGGUUGUGGCUUUUAAAAUGUGCACUGACCUUUUUCCAAAGCAAAAAAGCAUGUGUCCACUUUGGCCAUUGGUAAGCAAUGGAUGUGUUAGACUCACUUUUGAAUCUUGUAGAUAAUUGGACAGUUGUUUCCCCUGUACCACACACACACACCUUCUACCUUUAUAAUGGCUAUUUUUAGCUAGUUGGAACUGGCACUGAUUCCAAAGACUGCCUUUUCAAACUCUCCCUCCCAUGCAGGUGGACAGCUAGUCAUUGAGAAUGGUUGUGUAUAGUGAAUAAUGUGGAACCAUCCCUCCGAGAUGAGCUGAGAAGUGAAAACAGCAUGUAAUAUUCCCUUGGUUGCUGCUCUUCCACUCACAAAACUAGCUCACUGCCCUCCUUUUGACUGUUUUUUGACUUGCUGACUGUUCAGUAAUUUCCUAAUUUAUGUUUAGGAUGCAAAAACCUUUAAAAAAACUUUUUAAUAUAUAUAUAAUGUAUACAUAUACAUACACACACACACACACACACACACACACACACAUAAGAUAUCAAAAAUUGUGUAAUGUAAGUACAAACACAGGGAUUCUUAGCACUUGGCCUUUGGGUCUUUCUUUCCAUCUUUGAUUUCACCAAACUAUCAGAUUUUCAAACAAAGCUCCUUCCUUUUUGGAUCAGAGUUUCUAGGCACACUGUGACUGUCAGUGGCCGUUUGUGCUGCAAAUAUAAGGCCUGGCCCUUAACCGUGGGAAGAGAAAUGGACCAAAAUAAUGCACCAUCUCUGCAAGGGCAGUGAACGUUGGCAUUUAAGAACAAGGGAGAGAUCUAUGUUUUAUUCCAAAGAUUUAUGGUUAACGAUGAUUUAGAAAAUAUUGGAGCACUGUUUGCGGACAAUCUUGUAAUUCUCUAUAUGUGUGUUUGCAUAUUUUCUAUCCUACCCAAGUGUUCAGUGGGUUUUGUGAGCGCCAUCUACUUUGGGAUUUGAAUAUCAUGUGACAGUUUUGGAAUAUCAACUGAGGGAGAUGACAGAACGCCUAAAUGUGAAAAAAAUCUAUACUGUCCAUUUGACGUCCUACAUAAUGUGCAAACAUACUUGUCAUGACAAUAAUCUUGGGGUAAUAUCCAUGAAUGUCAUCACCUGAAAUGUUGUUAAACCUUGUUGCUUCUGGUAUUCUUAGCGAUCAUCUGCAGGAGUUGGUGGACAUUUUCUUGUAAUGCUGUAUUUCAAAUAAUCUGAAAGCAGGUGGCAGUAGAGAAACAAAAUGGAACAACAGGUAUAUCUACACCAGUGAUUCCCAACCUUUGGGCCUCCAGGUGUUUUGGACUUCAACUCUUAGAAAUCCCAGCCAGCUUACCAGCUGUUAGGAACUGUGGGAGCUGAAGUCCAAAACACCUGGAGGUCCGAAGGUUGGGAACCACUGAUCUACACUGUAGAAUUAAUGAAGUUUGACACCACUUUAAUUGCCAUUACUCAGUGCUAUGGAAUCAUGGGAGCUGUAGUUUUUCAAAAUUUUCAGCCUUCUCUGUUCAAUAGAGCUGGUGCCCCAUUGAGCUGCAACUCCCAGCAAUCCAUGGCACUGAAGCAUGGCAAUUAAAGUGGUGUCAAACCACACUAAUUCUACUGUAUAGAUCAGGCAUGAGCAAACUAAGGCCCAGGGGCUAGAUGUGGCCCCAGGGUGCUUAUCUCAGGCCCUCCUCAUUUUCUCUGGCCUGCCACGUCCUAAUGCCAAAAAUCUGGGGGAGGAAAGCACGUAGCAGCUGAGCACCUUCUGGAGCAUUCUCAACUACUGUGUGUCUCACCCUCCUCCCGGCAUAAGGACAGUGCAAGUACCUCAUCCUUAUGCAGGGAGGUUGGCUUGAGGAAGUCAUGCAGCAACUGAGAGCCCUCCAGAGCACACUCAGCUGCCAUCUGUCUCACUCUCCUCUUGGUAUAAUGCCAAGAGGACAGCCUGAGGAUCGGGGGAAGAGGGUGGGAAGGAGGAUCAGGGCAGUUGCCACAUGUCCCGCCUUCCUCCCAGCAUAAGAAUGGGACGAGCUGCCCUGCCCGAGCCCUGCCCUGCCCUCUCCUGGCCCCGUCCUUUCCCGGGCCCUCCCUAUUCAGCGUGUGCCCAGUCCUCCUCCCUUGUGACCCAGCCCUCCUGGCUGGGCCUACAAUGCAGCCCCAAGGCAAAAAAAAGUUUGCCCAUGCCUGGUAUAGAUGCAUCUAAUAUUUAUUCAUUCUAACUUCUCUACUAAUUACUGUAGAAUAUGAAACCAUCACCUCUUAGGUGUCUGGAAAGGCAAUUCACGGCAAAAUUUGUACUGCGCACUGGUGUUCAAAGUUGGCCCAUAUCAUAAGAAUCAGAAAAUACCAUAGUGGCAGAUUGGGUUCCUAUACUAGCCUUUCAUCUCUUUCUAAUGGCUCCCCAAAAUUAAUGAGAAAAACAUGUCCAGUUAUUUAUAAAAAAGACUAGUUAAAAUAAACAAUUGAGGUGGCAGGACAAAACAUAAAAGCCUAGUAGUGACUUGGGGAGAAGAAACCGAUACCUGUAAUGGGAGGCAUUGCAAAAUGCUGAUGGAAGCUGCUAGGUUCCUAACAUGACAGGUAUGUACCACUGAACAGGCCAAGAGCACGCAGUGUGGUGUACCUCAUAUGUGGCUGACAAAUUAGUCUGCUGGCCAGUCACUUGUACCCUAUGCCUUUGCCACUGCUUUGUCAUGCCUACCAGUAAGGCUAUCAGGUCCCUUUGGUCAGCAUCUGGCAUUGGCUCCUCCAUCCCUUUCGGUUAUUAUUGAAAAGACCAGUCUGCAAUCCACUUUGUACUAAAGAGGUGAAUCUUAUGGAAGUCAGGAUUGCACUAUGAGAUGUGCACAGAAUUUCCCUCCUGUUUUUGAGGUCAUUCAGAGAAAGAGAAAUCAUGUGUAAUGGGAGUUGCUGGAACAAUAAAGAAUUGUGCUUUUUAGAAAAUUCCUUUUUCAUAUCAAGAGUCCUGAAUAACCUGAAAAGGAAGUCUGUAAAUAUUACAAGGGCCUAUUUUCACCACUCAUUCUGGCGCUCACUCUCCUGUACAUUACUUUUUUUUUUUUAAGGAGAGGGUUUUCUUACAUUCCAACAGUGAUGACAAACUUCUCCAGGCCUAGAGCUUAGCCUUGAUGCAGAAAUGUUAAUGGGAGGAGAUCUUGCAAAGAGCAGUACUUAGAAAACUUAACUUUUUUUGGAUGCUCACUUCCAGAAUCUUACAAAACAGCAUCCUGAGGGAGUCAGGGGGUCGUUCAAAAAAGUAAUUCUUAGCCCAACUUUUGAGUGAGAAGCAGCACCUGAUCCUAUAGUCUAGCACAAUGGUUCUCAGCCUGUGGGUCCCCAGGUGUUUUGGCCUACAACUCCCAGAAAUCCUAGCCAGUUUACCAGCUCUUAGGGUUUCUGAGAGUUGAAGGCCAAAACAUCUGGGGACCCACAGGUUCAGAACCACAAGUCUAGCACAAUGACUAUGCGACCAGGUGAACAAGGAAGGAAACUUAUAUGGAGCAGCCCAGUCGGUGGAGAGGCAUCAUUCAAUGCUUUAAUAGGUCAGGUGUUCUGCAUCCCAUUUUUAGUGUCCCAGUAUGCAAGUUUGCUCUAUAGGAUUGGGCUAUCUUUGAAUUGCAUUAUAUUGUCUACAUCAGUGGUUCUCAACCUGGGAUCCCCAGAUGUUUUGGCCCAGAAAUCCUAACAGCUGGUAAACUGGCUGGGAUUUCUGGGAGUUGUAGGCCAAAAACAUCUGGGGACCCCCAGGUUGAGAACCACUGGUCUACAUCAAAUACUGAUUCAUAAUUUCUGCCCUUGGUCCCAUGUUAAAACUGAUUUGGAAGGGCAUUGUUUUACAAAAUAAGCCAGGAGGCAUCAAAGAUUUCCCUUUCCUGUUGAGAGGUGAUUAGUAGAACGUGAACAAUCCCGUUGGAAAGAGCAAAACUCCUAACAGGACUUUAUUUAAGUCUCUCUCCCCAACUUUGUUUGUGGAUGACAUUAGAGCAAUGCUUCAUUCCCCUCCCCUUCCCAAGAAAAGCCACAAAAGAGGAUCUCAGUGAGAAUGGAUUUAUUUUCGGAAGUAAGGCAAGGUUUUGUUUUGUAAUACAUUAUUUCUGUAUGCUCUUGGAAUUAGAAAUUUACAUUGGUUCAUUCAUCCCUCUCUUUUAAAAUGUCACAGAUUUCUUUAUGUUUUGAGUAGAAGACCACUAAUAUUCCCACACAAAUGAAACUGAACUCCGGUGUAGUAACCAACAGUGCCUAUUUCCACUUGGCUUGGUGAGGAUACUACCAGUGAGUGAGUUUUAGAAACGAGGCAGCUAAUGUAGGAAAGUUUUUGCCUGUGCUAGAAGACAUAUUUUGUUGUGUACCAUGAGUGAAUAGAGUGCAAGAAUGGGUUACAGGAGGAACCUGAGAUUGAAAUUAAAACAUGGUGAGAGAUGACAUAUUUUUAAAGUCAACUUUGCUCUUUUGACUGUAGUGAGCCAAAAUCUGCUAUCAACACAAAGUUCUCUGAACAUCAAACUUGUUUUGAUUUUUGUGUAACUGGCUGUUAACCUGACAAAUGAAUCUGUCCAGUUGUAAGGUCCACUUGGAUAGGCAUUCCUGGGAGUCUGAAGUUCUCCCACUUUUGUAGUGCUUUCAGUGAAUAUAUGGUUGUCAUGUAUUACGACUUGCGGACAGGACAAAUAAGCAUUGCUCUGGAAGGCUAAUCGGCCAGACUAGUUAAUGCUCAAAUUAUAUUUGUUCCACUGCAAUAAUCCAACAUGUCAUUUAUCAAUUUCUCAUGCAUUUCUGAGUUCUGUGCCUGCUCAUUCUUAAACACCAAAUUUCCAAACUCCUUUUAAACGUCAGACUUUGCUCCAUAGUUGGAAUUGCAAGGGUUUUGUGGUGUUGUUUUUUUCCAGCUCCAUAGACUUGUCCAAAUUGCAAAGCUGUUUUGUUCUAGCAAAAAAAAAAAAAAAAAAAAAAAAGGGGGGGGGGAGGGACACAUUUCAGCAUGUGUCAUCUGCAAGUGAAGACGCUAAUUAGAAAUGGCAAUUAGUUUUUCCAGUGAAUUGAAGGCAAUUAUAUAAUAGAGGCAUCGUAACACAUUGUAUACACUGGAAUUUGUGUUCCAAAUAUUUUCACUGUGUAACAAGGCCUUUAGUUUGUUUUUAAUGCAAAAUCCCCAAAUAACAUUGGCCUGGAAACAGUAUAUUUGUGGGGAGUACAAUAUAAGCCAGGUUUACUAUUGAAGGAACAUGGGAGAGGACCACAGGUUUGGCCAGGGCUCAUUCCCACUCUCUGCCAUCAGUUUUCCAUGGCUUUCUCCUGCUGGCUAUACUUUCUAUAGGGACCCCCUUCAGGAUACACCCUUUAUUGUGGGAACCCUGCCUCCAUACGUCCUGCCUCUGCCCCAUAAAGGGCUCAAGGGUCACAAGAACUUCACAGAUUACUUUGAGUUUAAAAUACCGAGUGGGUUUUGCAUGCCUGAACAUUGGUUCCUAGUAACUUUAGUAGUUUCCCUCCUCAGAGUCUGGAACAUGCAGGUUUUGUUUCAAGGAAGCUCAGGAAAGGGGGAAAAUCUAACUAUAAAGUGAGUCAGGGGAAGUUUGAUCAUGGGUAGUUCUAAUGUUGGUGGGGCAACUGUCUUUUUAAAUGUUGGCUUUGAAUUUGCACCACGUUUUACUGAUUGACCUGCUUUAGGAAGAGUUAAAACCAGCACAAGCAUGUGGUUAGUUCAGAUCUGUGUUUGCCACUGAAAUCCCAGCAAUUGGCUCUUAAUUUGUGCAAAUAAAUCUAAGGACUACCACCCCAUGCAUUUUGCACUUUCCAAAUCCAAAGAUCUCAAAGUCUCUUAGCCUGACUCAGUUUUCUUGCCAUACUAGAUGAGAGAUAUGGGAGGUGAUGUUUCUGUCCUUACUUUCUUUCCCUUCUUCUUUGAAAGAGGGGCGGGUGCGUUUCAAUACUACAAGAAACAGGUUUUCAAACUGCAGUUGUAUAUAUUGAUCUUGAAUUGGGUCCAUAAUUCUACAUGUGGCUAUAUCUGCUAAGAUUAGGGUUCCUCUUCCUUCUCCAUCCUGUCUCAGCACCUUGUUGUACUUGCAGUGAAGAUGUUCCACAUUUCAUGUGUGAACAACCACUUGCUAAAGUGGAGUAACUGAGUUUUUAAAAUACAGAUUUGACUCUGCCACUUCUUUGUGAUUAUUGAUCUUCUGAGAGAUUUCAGAGAGAUUUCAAGCACUUAUUAGGAGAACAUUGCUCCUCUGGAAUGCCAUCCUGCCUUUAAAAGGGUUUGUUUUUUAGCAUCAGUGACAAAAGAAAAGGCACCAAGACAGAGAUGAAGAGGGGGAACUACACCAACAUUUCUCACAUUAUUAAAGGUGUGACCCACUCCUUUAACAAUCAAACAAAUCUACCAGAGUCCCUUUUUUAAUUUAUGAAAGUAUGUAUCGUUUCUUUUAAGUGUCGAAACUCCAUCAUUCCUUGACUCAAGAAACACCACAAUACCUAUCUAACAACCAAUAACGCUUGAAGGACUUUUCGUUUUUGCACUACGGCUUUCCCUUUGCCAGAUGUUUCUGCCAAGUGCAUCUGGAGAAAACUUUGGUCACAUCUCUCAGGCCUUCUCUGGUAUUUCUAGUAUAUCGCAGAAGUACCCAAACUUGUAGCCCUCGGUUCUGCCUUUUUUGGUUGACAUUUUAUUUUUUUUAAGCUUUUUUAUAUAUAUAAAUAUAAAUAUAUAUAUAUGAAUAUAUUACUUUGUCAAUUUUUUUGGCUGUACAAAAGUCUUAAGAUUUAAGAAAAAAUAUUAUUUGUAUUAUAUGAUGGUGGUAUGUUAAUGUAUCAAGAUUAUUAAUGAAGAAGAAGAUUUAUUUUUGUUACUGGUCUGUUUCAUAAUUCUUUUUUAAAUUCGUAUAUUGUAAGAUAUCUAUGCAAAAAAAAGUUAUGUGGCGCAUUUUUAUUUAAGAGUGUAAUAUGUGUAAUAAAAAGUAGAAUGUGUUUGGCCUGAAAA